CGGAGACGGAGCCAGAGCUGGGAGCUGGUGCUCCAUGAGCAGCUCCAUGAUGGGGAGAAGUCCCACACGUGCGUGGAGUGUGGGAAGAGCUUCAGGUGGAACUGCGACCUGAUCAGGCACCAGAGGAUCCACACUGGGGAGAGGCCCUAUGAGUGUGGGGAGUGUGGGAAGAGCUUCAGCCAGAGCUCCGACCUGAUUGUGCACCAGAGGAUCCACACGGGGGAGAGGCCGUACAAGUGUUUCAAGUGUGGGAUGUGCUUCAGCCGGAGCUCCAGCCUGGUCCGGCACCAGAGGACCCACACUGGGGAGAGGCCCUACGAGUGUUCCAAGUGUGGGAAGGGGUUUCAGAACAGCUCUGAUCUCCUCCGGCACUAUCUGAGUCACAGGGAGGAAAGGCCUUUCCAAUGCCCCGACUGUGGAAAAGGAUUCAAGCAGAAUUCCACCCUCAUCACCCACCGGUGCAUCCACACUGGGGAGAGGCCCUACGAGUGUGAUAAAUGCAGGAAGAGGUUUCAGAACAGCUCCCAUUUCCUCCAGCACUAUCGGAUUCACACACAGGAGAGGCCCUUCCGCUGCCGCGACUGCGGGAAGGGAUUCAAGCGCAACUCCACCCUCGUCACCCACCGGCGCACCCACACUGGGGAGAGGCCCUAUGAGUGUGAUAAAUGCGGGAAGAGGUUUCAGAAGAGCUCCAAUCUCCUCCAGCACUAUUGGAUUCACACAGCGGAGAGGCCCUUCCAAUGCCCCGACUGCGGGAAGGGAUGCAAGUGCAACUCCACCCUCGUCACCCACCGGCGCAUCCACACUGGGGAGAGGCCCUUCGAGUGUUCCCAGUGUGGGAAGAGCUUCUCCAGCAGCUCUAACUUGACCCGACAC